AUGGUGUCCUUCUUUGGCCUCAGACUGGGAGGCGACAGGAAAAAGUCACAGGACAAAAAGUUAGCGACAAAACAAAUACAGCAUCUGCAUCGCAAUGACACAUACAGCAACAAUGAUAGUGGAUACGAAACUAUUACCACAAUCACGGCAAGGGAGAUCAAACGACAGAGCAACUUCUCCCGCCCAAAUCUCGCUCGUCCUGGCACAUCACACUCUCAACUCGAGCCCCCGACCCGCGUGCCCUAUAUGAACAGCGCAGGCGGCGCUUCUUCCAUGGUUGAUCUCGGUGCGCCGCGAGCACCAGGAAUGGGCAACCCUCGAUUCCACUCCUCCGACAUGCAGCUCAACACACGCUUCGGCAACGGCAGCUCGACAAGUCUUGUCGCACCCAGCCCUAUAACCGCAGAUGGCAACAGGCCCGGUACACCUACACGUCCCGGAACCGCUGUGUCAACAAGAGAGCCUCCGAACCCGUUUAAUAUUCACUUUGGAAAGGAUUCUGUCAGCAGUAUACCCUCAACGCCCCACGACGAUCUCGCGAACCACCCUGAAACCUUCGAAUUUAAUCUCGGAACCGAAAUCAAGGAAGUCAGGACAAGGAGUCCCGUUCCCACAACCAACAAUGGAUAUCCAUCUCCUCCGCCUUCCAUCGUUAACGCUGAGCGACCCUUCUCUCCCGACAACCGACCUUCGAGCAGCCGUCAAAACGUGCCCACCGCACCCACUCUCCAGAAGCCUAGCGCUGCCGGUCCUAUGUCUCUGCCCAGCCCAGCUGUCUCGGUUGCGCGAAGCGAGGAUACCUGGGAGUCUCCUGUGAUUCGCAACGUCUCAGCUAAGCGCGACACAUUCACAUUCCACAUGCCUAGAAAAUCGAGCUUUACCAUGGAGACCGACCCUCGUGAUACCCCCAAGCCCAUGGCUGAAGGCCUCGCUGGAAACUUUGCUGGGUUCGACUUUGGUGAGACUGUCAGGAAGGGCAGUAUCGGAGGCAAGAGCAUCGACACAGCGAGCGAAGGCAGAGUGAGCCCGAUCGAUACAAACGUCAAGCCGAAACCGCUGGUGAACACCAGGACAGCCAGCCCUCUUGGAAACACAAGAACCGCUAGCCCUCUCAGGACUAUGCAGUCAAGUCCUAGUCUCAGCAUGCUUGACACAGCUUUGACAAGAACUCGAACGGCCAGUGAUGCGAUGUCACCCCUGUCUUUGGUGUCUUCGCUGGCAUCGGCAGCAGCAGAGGAGAUUCCUCGUAUUCAGACACCCCAACCUUCGCAGCCGUCCAAGCCGAUGCAUCAAGCUCCCAAGAUCCUUCAACCUGGCCAGCUGUCAGAGCCUCUACAGGAUACGCGACCUGUCUCGCCUUCGCGCUCUCCCAUGCCUUCUCCGCUUUCGCAACCUCCUCAACAGAACUCGCCUGGGCCGUCUCCCAUUCUGUCUUCUUUCCCCGGUCGCGAAGGUUCACCACCACUUGAUAUCGAGUUCCCUCGAUCUCCCCCUCGAGGAUACCAACAGUCGCUCCAGCCAUUACAGUACCCAACUAAGCAGUACAAGGCAUACCAGCCUCCCAACUCUUCUCCGCCUACGAAACCUCUACCUUCGCCAUACCGGUCACCUACUUCUCCUCUCCCUCCUGUGCCACCACCUCGAUUGAACCCUGGAAACAGCAGGGGGAACAGCAGAAGUAACACUCCCGACAUUGCCUCCAGGAGCGCAACCCCCGACACAAUUGCAAGCCCAGGCUUCAUCAACCUACCUCUGCAGCCUCCCCCGCGCGGUCUUCGUCCACGAACCGACUCGGAGCCAAAGCUUGGCCGACCUGUUCGAGUUCCUGCUCCUCUCGCUGAGCGUUCGGCAACCAUUCCUCUUGUUGGAUCUGGACCAAGGAGUGCCGUUGGCCCUGGUUUUGAUGAUAAUGGUUUCGUUCGCGCUGCGCGUAUCCCCGAGCCACCCAGGACGGCAAGCCCGUUCCUCCAGCAGGCUUGUGAGCCGUCGCGAGCAGCGAGUCCCUUUCGUGCACACAGCCCUCAGCCGCCACAAACGGCCAGUCCGUUCCUACAGCAAACUGCGCAGCCACCAAGGACAACCAGUCCUUUCCUUCAACAGAGUCCCAUGGAAGGUGAAUUUCCUAUCCAAAAGGGCUUGCCCCGAGGACGUAGACCUCAGCAACCCGAGCCUCAGACCCCCGACAAGGGCUACGGCUUGGAACCAAGGAAGCAGCGUCGCCAGCCUCCCAUGUACCCUCCACCCAGGAAUGAAUCACCAGUGGCUCCAGACUCUUUCGAUGCACCAAGUACUCCCAACUGGAACGACUUUGAUCGCGCUGAAGCACACAAGUCUGCUAUUCCGGCUGCUCUCUCACCCUUCCGAGCUCAGUUCGCUCGGUCUCCUGGACAGGCUACCGACUCCUCUUUGAGUCCGCGCCUCGCUCAGUAUGCUUCUUCGCCCAUCUCGGAUAGGUCACCAAGUCUACCGUCGCCUUCAUUUCCCUCAUUGCAAAAGUCAAUUUCCAACUCGAGUGAGAAUCUCGCACGGAUGUUUGACAUUGAUGGACCGUAUGACCAGCGGCCUGAGCCUAUCCAGGGCAGGCCACUGAUCUCACCCGUCAUGGCGGACUUUGUGCAGCCCAGGGACAGAGACCGCAGCAGGACUCGCAUCGAAGCCAAGCGAGCUCCCCCUCGACCAAACCCCAUCACCGUCCCAGCGCCGCACACCACAGAGGCUGUCAAGGUUAGAACGCCCAACCCCGUGGUUGAUGCGAACAACCCUGGAUUUAUCUAA